AACGGGUUCCCAAUCAGCUGUUAAUCUAGUGUGGUGCCAUUAAUGAGGAGUAUUAUAAAAUUGAGGGCAAUUGAGGCCAUUACAAAUUAUUUACGGGGCAAAAAGCAUAUUUAGCCCAAACCGAAACCCUGGCAACUGCAUACAGUGAUACAGCCACACCAUACCAUACCACAACUUCAUCGAAAGCCAUAAAAACAACGUCCUCCUCCUUUGCCUGGCGCGCUGUGUUGUUGGGUUACUGAAACCCUCAUAUCCGAUUUUCGGGUCCAAUCUCUGCCGGCGAGCAGUGUUAUGGCAGACAUGUCUGAGGUGGCUGCUUCGACACAUUACCAAAUCGACCUCGGAAACCUAAUGGCUUACAACCCACUUCACUGCUUUGCCUCGCCGCCCACUUCCAGGGAGGAAUUGGCACAGGAGGUCUUGAAGGAGGGAACUAGAUUAGUACAAGCAGUGGCUGAUUCCCUUUUCAAUUUACCUUCAACAGAAGACCGGGAUGGUCCCGUUGUCAAGUUGCCCCCACCCAGAACAAGAUUGCCAAGAGCAAAACCUUUUCCAAAGCCUAUGCCUCCAACAAAAUGGGAGCAGUUCGCCAAAAAGAAAGGAAUAAAGAACCACAAGAAAGUGAAGUUUCUUUUUGAUGAACAAACUGGUACAUGGAAGCGCCGAUGGGGAUAUGAUCGUGUAAAUGAUGACAAAGAUAUAGCAAUUAUUAAAGCAAAGGAUACUGAUGAACCUGGAGAAGAUCCUUUUGCCAAGAGACGACAAGAGAAGAAGAAGAGAGUUGAAAAGCAAGAGAAAAAUAGAUACCAAAACUUAAAAGAUGCUGCAAAAGUUGGUGCAUUGCCAAGCCAUGUUCAGCUUGCCGCUACUUCGUUACCGAUAACAGGGACACAGACUGUGCCUAGGAAAGUUGGCAAGGUUGAGCUAGGAAAUGUUGCUGGAAUGGCUGCAACUGCAACUGCUAGCGGUGGAAAAUUUGACAAGAAGUUGCCAGGAGAAAAACCCCUUAAACAUGACAAGAAGUUUCGCAAGUUUCUGCCUGUUGCAGAAGGAUCUGGAAUGGGCUCUCUAGAAAGACAGCAAACUGAUAAAGUUCUCAACAAACUGUUGUCAAAAAAUUCACAUGAAAUCCUCAAUGUUAACAAGGCAGUAAGCGUGUACAAUGUGAAAAAGCAGAAGGGGGCACGGAAUGACCGAGAAGGGAAGAAGUCAUCAAGCGCAAGCAAGUUAAAGCCGAAUAGCAAACCUAUAAAGAAAAAUUUCACCAAGAAACCAGAAACAGGAAGAAAGUCCAAGUGAAUUCGAUCAUCUAAGCAGUUGCCAAAAAUCACUUGAGUUUUGGAGAUUUUCUCGUCUCGUCCACACCACCCUGACUUUCAUCAUAGUAGUUUGUAGUCAAAGCUGAAACAACGAAAAAAAAUCCAGAACAUUGUCUUCAUUUGAUGCACCUGUGUGACAUGCCUCAUUGUAUUUUUUUUUUUGGUUGAAUUUUAUAGCUUUUCUUGACUUCUGGCUAAAUUUGUUUGAAUUCAAAUACCGCUGGCG